AUCAUUGGUUUAAUAGAAUCGCAUGUUAAAAUUUGCCACGUUGAUAUAUCACUAAAUGUAUAUUUUAGUAUAUAAAUGAAUUGCUAUAAUACAUUUAUGGUACAAAAAAAUAUGUCUUAUGAAGAAAAGCUUUUAAGAAGAAAGAUGAAUAAUAGGAUAUCUGCUCAAAUAGCAAGGGAUAGGAAAAAGGCCUUUAUAAAGGAUUUGGAAAAUAAAGUUAGGAUUCUUGAAAAUGAGAAAAGUGACUUGGUUAUAGAAAAUAAAAAACUAUAUCGAAUUUUUAAUACCUUAAAUUUACAACAAAAAUUAGCAUCUCUCAAUAAAUCUGACUUUACUUUAAAUAAAAAAGUUGCUCCUAUAUUAAAUAUAGAUUCAAGCAACGAUUUAAAAAGUGAAAUUAAUAUUCCAUCUCCACCUUAUUCACCUACUGGUGAUGAACAUAUUGAAAUUUUCCAAAAUAGUGAAUUAAAUUGUAAUGCAUAUGUUACUUUAAAAUCUUCUGAAUUACCUUAUUUGAAAGAAGAGGAAAUAGAAAUAAUCAACAAAGAUGAUGCUCAUAAAGAAAAGCUUUCAGGAGAUAUUUCUACAUUAAAUGAUUUUACUCAUAAACCUUGUAUUCUUAAAGAAAAUCCUGCAGAGAUUAACUUUUUUCCCCAGCAGAGGGAGAAUACAACAAUGAGGAAAAUCAUACAAUCAAAGAAAAACCUGAAUGCUCUUUUAAUGAACAACUCCCUCUUUCUGAUGCUGUUUCUUUUCUCAUUCGUGAUACAAUUGAAUAUGACUCAUGCUAUGAAAGUGAACCAUUUGACAGUCCUAGAUGUAAGCAGCAAUUCCUUACUGUUCCCAUUCAAGACAGAGAAAAUUCAUUUUCUUUUCCCAGUUCUCCUUCAUUCCCCCAUACCUUUUCUGAUGUGUUAUCACAAUCUUCAGAAGAUGAUUCAGAAACAUAUCUAAUGGAUAAAGAGAUUAUAGACACUUAUAAAAAUAUAAAUACUAUAAAUGAAUUAAAAGAUCAUAAUUAUAUCACAUUAAAUGAAAAUAUAACAAAUAUAGAUCAGAUACGUCAUGAUUAUUCACAUUUGCCUUUAUAUGAUGAAAUUGAAAAAUAUAUCAAUGAAAACUACCAAAUCCUUGACAAUUAUGAACAUAAUUUUGACUUUAAUUUAUUGGAAGAGAUGAUGAUAUAAUUAUUAAAUUUAUUUUUAUUAUUAAAUAAUUAUGUUAUAAAUUGACUAAAAAUUAUAUUUAUA